GUUUACGACAGUCUGUGAGCCGCUGUUCAUUUACGGCAGGUAGUGCAGGCACGUGUGUUUCCAGAGUCAGCGGCGUGCUCGCUGAUAGUCCAGACAACCAUAUUUAAAGUUUCUGUAUCAUGUCAUUCCGCGGGGGUGGUGGUCGAGGAGGGGGUCGUGGCGGUGGUUUUAACAGAGGUGGUGGUCGUGGAGGAGGGUUUGGAGGGGGUCGAGGUGGCAGAGGUGGAUUUUUCAGAAAUCAAGACUUUGGUCCACCUGAAUAUGUUGUCGUUUUAGGAGAGUUCAUGCACCCCUGUGAAGAUGAUAUUGUCUGUAAAUGUGUGACUAGCGAGAAUAAAGUCCCCUACUUCAAUGCUCCUGUAUAUCUGGAAAACAAGGAGCAAAUUGGAAAAGUCGACGAGAUCUUUGGACAGCUUCGUGAUUUUUAUUUUUCAGUCAAACUUUCUGAAAAUAUGAAGGCAUCUUCCUUCAAGAAGUUACAGAAAUUCUACAUAGACCCUAUGAAGCUGUUGCCCCUUCAGAGAUUUCUCCCUAGGCCUCCAGGUGAGAAGGGACCACCCCGUGGAGGAAGAGGAGGAGGAGGAGGAAGAGGUGGGAGAGGAGGUGGCUUCCGUGGGGGCCGUGGAGGAUUCGGUGGACGUGGGGGAGGAUUCGGUGGAGGAGGAUUCGGUGGGGGAGGAUUCAGAGGAGGCAGAGGUGGAGGUGGAGGCAGAGGCGGAGGCAGAGGCGGAGGACGUGGAUUCAGAGGUGGAAGAUGAUGAAGGUCUCUCAGUACGGGAUGUGUCCUUUUAUCUGCUGGGGAGACUUCCAGGGAGAAGCCAGAAGCAACAUUUGGGGCCUAACAGAGUCUUUAGACUGUUGACUGCUGCCUCUUUUGUACAGCUGAACUUUUUACUUUGUUUUGUACCAUAUAUGUAUUUUUCUGCAGUAGAUAUUUUGUUUUGGUACACUGAUAUUGCUGUUGUUUUAAGUUACUACAUCCUUUUGUACAAAAAGGGCAAGUGUCUCCCCGACCUUGACGUUGGUUUGUAUCCAUCGACAGUUGGACCCGUAUGGAUUUGAACAACAUCAAGGUUUUGUAGUGUGAAAUGUUUAAGCCAACUCCACAUACAGUAAUAAUAAUAAUAAUAGUGCAAAACAUUUCAUUGUUGGAUUAUAAUGGAUAUCUGCAUAUAGAGAAUUGCAAUCUGUUUCUUUUGAACUCCAGGUGACACCUUGGACUUGCAUAAUAAAUUGGAUGGCAUAUUUACCCUA